ACAGAUAUUCAUUAUAAUAGGUACACAUAUGUAACGUACCUUUCGCGAAUUAAAAAAUUAAGUACCUAUUUCCAUGUACAAAAUUUGUUUUGCAUUAUUUUGACACUUGAAUCUCUGAUCUAUAGUCAUUUUAUUUUAUUGUAUAAUUCGUUCCGUUUUAUGAUCAUCUAACCGAACGUUUCAUGAGUGAUUGCGUUUAAUUUAAAUAGUAAACAUGAAUCGUAACCAUCCUGAUGUAGAAAAUGUUGUACUAACGCCAGAGAAAAGGAUUCAAGAACUGUCACGGUUAAGUUCGAAAAUCGAGUUGAACACUUCCAUUGCUGCUAGGAAAUAUUACCGGUCAGGCCGAGAGAUGAUCAGUAUGGCUGAAGUAUAUUUAAAAGAAAACAAUUUAGAACAAGCAUAUAUUCUGUACAUGCGAUUUAUGACAUUAUUUUUGGAAACUAUUAAUGAACAUCCUGAUUACAAAAAUGUACCAAUUGAAGAACGUAAAUUAAAUUAUCAAGCACUUCGUGAUGUUCUACCAAAAACAGAAAAAAUAAAAAUAAAAUUAUUAGAGCAAUACAAUAAUGAAUAUGAACUCUACACCGAACGAAAAGCAUUACAAGAGUUCAAAGAAAAACAUGAAAAAGAAGUAUUAAGUAAAGAAAAAAUUAAUAAAUCACCUGGGUUUAUAAAGGGUGUUUCACAAGAACAGUCAAAUUCAGUUAUAAAUAAUGUAACACCAGAAGUAAAUUAUAUCAACCUAAGAAAUGAUUAUUCAUCAUUAGAAACAAGACCAUUAAAUCAAAACUUAAUUACUCUUAACGAACUAAAUGAUAAUAUUGCUUCAUCAAGUAUACCUGCUUAUUCAAAUUCACAAAUACAAUUCAAUACAGAUAGGCCUAUUGUUGAUAGAAGUACCAAACCAAUGUUAUACAAGAACUCUCCGGGUCCUUAUAAUCUUCGGUGUAUAAUAGUUCCAUGCAAUUUAACUAAACGAUUUCUUGAACAUGCACAAAGUAAUACGUUUAAAAAUUUAGAGACUUGUGGAAUACUAGCUGGAAAAUUGAGUUCUAACUGCUUGAUCAUAACACAUUUGAUGAUUCCAAAACAAAGUGGUACGUCAGAUUCAUGUACUACAAUGAAUGAAGAGGAUAUUUUUGAAUUUCAAGACAGACAAGACCUUAUUACUUUAGGAUGGAUACAUACUCAUCCCACACAGACUUCAUUUAUGUCAAGUGUAGACUUACAUACACACUAUUCAUAUCAAUUAAUGAUGCCAGAAGCCAUUGCAAUUGUUUGUGCACCUAAAUAUAAUGAGUCUAAUUUUUUCUUCUUAACUCCAUAUCACGGGUUACAAGUUAUAGCCGAUUGCAAAUCAGUCAGUGGUUUCCAUACCCACAACACAGAUGGAGAUAUUUAUGCUGUUGCAGAACACUAUGUAUUGGAUGAUAACUUAUUAGUCAAUGUAGUAGAUUUUAGAUGAAAUUAUAAAAGAUUUUGAAGAACUUGUUAUUACAUUCUGUUGAAAAUAGUUUAAUGUGAAUUAAAUGUAAAUGAAGGUAUUAAAAUAUUAUACUAAAAAUUGUUAUCUGUAGAGUUGUACAUUUUGUUAAUACAAAUAACUUGUUAAUCUUUAUA